AUGCCUGUUUCUGUUCACACCGAGAGUGAAGCAGUCGUCAGCAUGUCUGCUCUCGAACAAGCAGCUGCUGCCGCAGCUGGUGUUCUUUUGAGACAAAGACGAAAUCGAAGGAAAAGGCGUCAUGUAGUCCUUGUGUACUCGUCGGAAUGGGUUCCUCGGGCUACGAGGACUGUGCGCGAAGAAAAGUCAGCCACCAACGGCGGUGUCGUGGUUCCAAAAAGUUCUGCCUCUUCGCCUUUUGGAAAAAGACGGCGACGACACACGACCACAUCCACAAAUAAUCAAGACACUUACGAAGAGAAUCAUUGCAAAAAUAUGCGGCCCUUGUCCAACAAAGACAACGAAGUGGAGGAAUAUGAUUCAUUCUUAUCUCAGGUGAAGAAAGUAUAUAAGACGUACUUCGCAGGACCUCCUCAGUUCUGCAUCGAACCUUGGAAAAUGAACGCCUUCCACCUUCUCCUCGUCGCCGUCCUAGUGAUGGGUGGGACCGCCUACCGGAAGCUCAAUAUUCCGGAUUAUGUGGUCCCUGGAACAUGUCCUGCAAUCAAUGAGAAACAGCUCUGGGAAAUGCAAAAGCCCAGACUUUUCCAGAUGGGAGGGAUAUGGUACCAGAUUGCUAACACUCCUAUGGAAUUUCAGCCCAUCGAUAAAUGUUUGCAGGUCAAAUACACCUGGGACGGAGAGGGCUUUUCCACGGCUGCCAUGGGUCUCUCGAGAGAUGGGGUCACCAUGAAGAACGAGGGAAGGCUGUAUCCUAUGCCUUACGACGAGCCACGACUAGAGAUCACUGCGGAGCAUUCCAUUCCAGCGCCGCUGGUCAUCCUGGACACCGACUUCUACAACUACGCCUGCCUCUACUCCUGCAUGGAAAUGGGUGGCAGGUACAUAACCGACAUGGGCUUCGUCUACUCUCGCAAGCCGCAACUACACCAGGCCUACCAGGGGGUUUGCGACGAGGCCUUCAGGAAGGCUGGUGUGGACCUCAAGCGGUUCGUCAAGACCUACCAAGGAGACACUUGUACAUAUCCAGAAGGAAGAGUUGAUGGACAGCUGUCGUGGGCUUAAAAUGAAAGCGGACAUGGCGCUCUCUGAUUUCCAUGGGUUUAUUUGUCCAUCUACCAGCAAGAUUCUGUGAAAAUUAACAAACGAAUGUUUCAGGAGAUUAACUGGGUAUGAAUUCGAGUCUGAAUCUAGAUCCAGUAUAUCUUUUUGAUGACUUCGUUCAUUGUUAUUGUCACAGAUGUGCAUUUAAUAGAAAACGGGAGUUUCCCGUUGCUGGUAAAAGAAGGCAAUUGAUGCAGAAUAAUGACGAAGGAUUGCCACCUCUUUGUAAUGCUCUUUUUAUUGUUGUAGUAUUCAGCUUCUUA